UGCUCUCCUGCUCUCUCUCCUUUCCUCUCCUCCUCCCUGUUUCCCUCUCUCUCCCCCUUUUCUCUCCCUCUUUCUCUCCUCUCUCUCUCUCUCUUCCCUCUCCCUCUCCCUUUUCUUCCCCCUCCUUUGCUCUUCUUUCCCCUUUGUUCAAUAAGCUUUUGCCACAUUGCACAAAUACAAAGCUCUCAUUGCUAACUACAUUAUUUUUGCAAGUUCAAACAGAACAAAGAAGAAGAGAGUACCACACAUCUCUUCCAGGACAACUAAAUCACUAAGUGGAAAAGGAAACAGCUAUUACAGAUAGGUGCAAGGGAGGAAGACGGGAGUUCCUAGGACUCGGGACCAGAAUCUUAAAAUGUUCUAGAACCUCAGAAAAGCUGCAAGACUGCAAGGCUCCUCCCAAAAGUUAUAAAAAGCAAUAAACAACUUAUGGCCCAGUGGAACUGCCUGCAGAUUGGGCCAGAGAGCUCCUGGGACACACUGUAAGCGAGUCAUCAGGCAUGCUGCGGUGGGCUUCCCGGUGACGCUGCUGUCUUUGGCCACCCAUGUUCUUUCCUAGUAAUUCAGACUCCUUCCCCCAAAAGAAUUUCUACUUCAAGAUUCAUACUUGGUGCUCAGCAAAACAAGAAUCACGACAGAUCAACUUUGUUUAAAGGGUACUGACCAUGUUCUCAAACGUACUGUGUCAGAAAAUGCUGCUAACAUUCAUGUCAGUUUUAAUAAUUAUCUGGAUAAUUUUUGAAAUUUCUCAAAAUCCCACAAAGCUUCAGGCCGUUCUGAAUGCAAGCUUCUCCUUCCAUUCCUGGAACACCUCCAUGAAGUCCUCGUGUCCGGAAAUGCCAGCGAAUCAGUCAAGGUUACCAACAGAGACAAAGCUGAGAGAGGAGAGCCCUAAAAUGCUGGCACCAGUCAAGUCACCGACAGAGAAAGAGCUGAGAAUCAGGGCGAUCCUGGAGAAGCUAGAUCAGCAGAUCCCUCCCAGACCCUUCACCCACCUCAACACCACCACCAGCGCCACACACAGCACAGCCACCAUCCUCAACCCUCGAGACACAUACUGCACGGGGGACAAGCUGGAUGUGCUGCUGGAAGCUAGGGACUACCUGGGGCGCAGGAAGGAAUAUGGUGGGGACUUCCUGAGGGCCAGGAUAUCCUCCCCAGCCCUGAAGGCUGGAGCUUCUGGAGAGGUGACAGACUUCAACAACGGCACCUACCUGGUCAGCUUCACUCUGUUCUGGGAGGGCCAGGUGGCCCUGUCUAUCCUGCUCAUCCAUCCCAGUGAAGGGGUGUCAGCCCUCUGGAGGGCACGGAACCAAGGCUAUGACAGAAUUGCCUUCAAGGGUAAAUUUGUUAAUGGCACCUCCCAGGUCUUAGUUAAAUGUGGCCUGACCCUAAACUCAAGCACUGCACUCUGCAAAUACCUGUACAGUGGCGGUGAAGAAGUCUUCUACUGUAUGAAGCCUCAACACAUGCCCUGUGAGGCCCUGACCCAUGUGUGCACCAAUCAGCAAGGUGUUUCUUUUCUUACUGACAAAGAGAAAGAUCUUUUCCAGAAGUCCAACAUAGGAGUUGAAAUGAUGAAGAACCCUAAGUCUAUUAGUGUCGCUCGGUGCAACAAGAGAGAAGAAAACAGGGGAAAGAAAUGUCAGAUCGGAACGGAGAUUCCCACACCUAGCGGUUACACUUUCCAAGGAAGAUGGGUAACAGCCCAGUGCAAGCAGAGUCUGCUGAACUCCAGUCAGAUAAAUGACUGCUUGAGAAGGAAACUCAUUUACUUCCUGGGAGACUCAACGCUGCGCCAAUGGAUCGAAUACUUUCCCAAAGUUGCGAAAAAACUGAAGCCUUUUGAUCUUCAUGGGACUGGAAUAUAUAAGAAACAUGUGCUCCUGGAUGCUGAAGGGCACACUCUGGUUGAAUGGAAGAAGCACAGCCACCCUUUCAUCACGGUCAAUCUCUACUCUGUGAUAGAUGACGGUUAUAUUCCUCAGGAAAUUGACCGCUUACUAGGUGACAAAGAUACUGUCAUCGCCAUUACCCUGGGCCAGCACUUCAGACCCUUCCCCAUGGAACUUUUCAUUCGGAGAGCCAUCAGUAUCCGAAACGCUAUUGAACGACUCUUCCUCAGAGCCCCGGACACUAAAGUCAUCAUUAAGACAGAGAAUAUCAGGGAGAUGUACAUAGAUACAGAGAAAUUCGGAGACUUCCACGGUUAUAUUAACUAUCUAACCAUGAAGGACAUUUUCAAAGACCUUCGUGUGGGUAUCAUUGAUGCCUGGGACAUGACCAUAGCAUAUCACAGUAAUAUUCUCCACCCGCCUGAGCAAGUGAUUGGGAAUCAGAUUGCCAUGUUUUUAGACUAUAUCUGCUAAAGCUCCAUCCCUUGGAGCCGGUGUCCACUGGCUGUGCCGUGUGAUUCAUCAGUAAAGAUUUAUUCAAUUUAGGGUCUAAGAAAAAUCAAAUUUCAAAGAAUCAGUCUUGGAAUAGAGAUGCAGCUCAGUUGAAAGAGUGCUUGCUUGGCAUGCAUGAAGCCCUGGGUUCUUCUGUCGACACCACACAAGCAGGGCACUGUGACACAGACUUGUAAUUCCAGCACUCAGGAGGACAGAAGUUCAAGGUUAUCCUUAAUUACCUAGUCAGAUCGGGGGGGGGGAGGGGGGGCUGAGCUACGUGGAAAGCUUCCUUGAUUAAAAACAGGAGUCAUAAUCUUGAAAGAAUACAAACUCAAGAACAAUGACUACGGAGAUAGGAUAUUAAGCCAAGAAAACUAGAUAUGAAGGGCAAUCCCAGAAUAUACUACGUUUAUCUCCAUGUUAAUAAAUAAGAGGGCACCAGAUCUCAUUACAGGUGGUUGUGAACCAACAUGUGGUUGCUGGGAAUUAAACUCAGGACCUUUGGAAGAGCAGGCAGUGCUCUUAACCACUGAGCCAUCUCUCCAGAUCAAUAUCUUUAUUCUUUAAAUAUAGAGUCAUGAUUUCUGUUACUCUUGGCUGAACCAAGUAACAGGGCGAGUUAAAGGGAGAAGACAUGCCAUUGCCAUUAUGUCCCAAGAUUUAGAAAACAAAACAAAACAAAAAAAUCACCUCUUUUUCUGCAAAAGAACAGAGAGUAAAUAUUUUAGGUUUAGGGGACUAUGCCAUCUCUGUUACCACUGUGUACUUCUGCCACCAAAGCACAAAACAAGACAAACAUGUAAGCAAAUACAAAUGUUUGUGUUUUAAAAAAUAACCUAGUAAUGAACACUAAAAAUUGGUUUGAGUUGUGGGGUUUCAAGGCAGGGUUUCCCUGUGUAAUAGUGCUGGUUGUCCUGAAACUCUCUUUAUAGGCCAAGUUGGUCUCGAACUCACAGAGAUCUGCCUGCCUCUGCCUUUCCCCAACUAUUUUUUAAAAAUCAGAAACCAUUUUUAGACCACAAGAACUAAAAUAAAUAAAU